AAAAUAAAAUCUUUCAAUUAGCUAUCAUGGAAUUACAAACCUAGUCUUUUGCUAACCAUGUGAGGGUGUCGUUUUAAAAGGCCUCUGUAUUUUAUAUCAAAGUUAAAAGAAUUGUCUAGGUGUAACAAGCAGCAAAUAGUACUAUUUAUGGUUCAAAUUACUUAAAAUGAGAAUAAACUUACGUGUCCUGUCUUCAGCCGCGGCGAUUGCAAUAACAUGUGCCGUAUCCGCAGCUGCUUAUUUUUAUAAAAGUCGCAUCACAGAAAUCAACGAAGUGAUGGUGUUUUGUAAACUGCAAUACAACGCCUACAAUUACUUUGACAAACUUUUAAGUUUCAUUGAUGCUGCGACGAAGAGCGUUAAUGUAUGUAUGCCAGGAAUUCACAAUCCCGCCAUUCAGGGACGCUUGGUACAGUUAAUAAAGAAGAAAAACAUCAAGGCGAGAAUAAUCAUUGAUCGGUCCGGUUACAAUAAGUCCACAGAAUUUUUCAUAAAGGAGCUUAUUGAUGCUGGAGCGGAAAUAAAAUGCGAAAAAAAUGAUGCGGUAUUUACAAUGCAACAUAAGUUUUGUUUAAUUGAUGACAGGAUUCUCAUGACUGGUACGCUGAAUUGGGGCAACGACCGUUCAUGCGACCACUGGAACUAUGUGUAUAUAACUAGCAAACUACUCCUGGUUGAUCCAGUGAGGAAGGAGUUUUAUAGAAUGUGGGAAGAGUUCAGUAGUGAUUUACUGCGUAAACCGUAUUCAGAAUACACAACCAAUGACAGUGACGCGGAAACUGUAGAAAUUGUAAAUCCAGAAGAAAACACCGAUGAAAGUGGUGACUUCGAGUCGGUCGUACGUGUCCCGACCAUAGACAAUACAGAGUUGACACCUAAUAUAGAUGCCCUCAUAUUUUAAAAUUAAAAUUUUUAACUUACAUUUUUAAAAUAAUUUAUUUACAAAUGUUUUAUUAU